GUCAGGAUAAAUGAAAACACCUGUGCAGGCCCUUUAACUCUUGUUGUUUCGAUAUUCAGCAUGUCUGAACAGUUUGAUACCGACUUUGUAGUCCAAAACCAAAUAGCAUCGGUUCAGUCAGUUCUGUUUUAGGGUGGAUUUUCCCAAGCUAACAGCUUACGUUAGCUCACAUGUUUAACAGUAACGUUAUUUAACGAAGAGAAUAAAAGACGACACGGCAACCACAUGUUAUGUUAUCUGACUGGACUGCUGUACUUGAUUUACUACUUUAAUUUGAGACGCUAAUAACCAAGCUAUUGAUAACGCUGGCAGCCGUUCUCAACCGGUUAUUAAGGGCUAACAUUAGCAUAUCUAAUGCUAGCUACUCACUUCAAAUGAUCCAAGGAAUGGAUGUUUUUCGUUUUCCCCUGUCCUCCAACCCAGCUCCGUGAUCGGCCAAACAUGGUUGUGGUUUUUAGAGGUCGGGACGAGCCGAAAUGGACGCCCCAGCCCCAUCACCCCAGAGAGAGUUCUAGCGGUGACACCAGCAACUCAAGUCCGCCGCAUCCUGGCCCAAAAACAACCCAAACCGUGGCUCUCUUUCUUUUCUAUGACACAUCCAAUUUAUGCCCAGUUAGAUUCGGUAGAAUCGCUGUUGGACGAACUCCCAUAUAUGUUUUAUCUGGGCCUGUUCUUUGUGAACGUCCUGAUCCUCUAUUAUGCCUUUCUGAUGGAGUACAUCGUCCUGAAUGUGGGGAUAGUGUUUCUGCCUGAGGAUAUGGACCAGGCGCUGGUGGACCUCGGGGUGCUGUCCGACCCCGCCUCUGUCCCUUAUGACACGGACACGGAGCUGGAUGUGUUUGAGGGGUAUCUUGAGUGACAGGAGGAAGAAAGGGGAACUAAAGUGGUGGUGAUGAUGCAGAUGUCCGGGGCAGAUUGGACCAGAGUGGACACUCCCUGGUCAGUGAUGUGGGGAAAAAAUGCCUCAAAGCUGUUGCUGUUGCUGCCCUCUUCUCAAACAGACAUAUCAUUUAAAAAAUUGUCUCGGCUCAAAAGAAGGUAGCCAGAGGAAGACAUUCAGCACCUUAGGCCACAUGAUCGCUGACUGUCCCAUGGGAAGAGCACUCUGCACUGGAUCAGCUGUCGGUCAGUCUGUUUCCGUUCUAAUAGCAAUCGACUGGUGGAACACCAUGUGGGUUAGCACUGGAAUCUGUGUCCUUCACUCUGGACACAAUAAAAGAUAAAAAGGAAGCACAAUGUGCUCUAAGUGGAAAGAGACAGCUGUGCCCUGUGGAUGUAAAAUGAAUGUCACCAGAGAUGUGGAGCAUGACUCAGGCUGUCUGCACUGCAGCCAGUGCAGAUACAGCAGCCUGAUGCAACCGACAUUUACACCGAACAAUUUACCCAUGCUGUGCAUGAUCUGGAGGCCGACUGCUGAAGAAAGUGAAAUAAAACGUGCCACUUCAAAGUGUGAUGUCCGACACAGUGAGACAUCUCAGAAGAAGUGUCAUAGUGUUAAAAUGAUGUCCACUGUAGAUCUGUUGCAUACUUAAUCAUUCACACAGUUGUUUUAACAACUUGUCCUUUUGAAGUUUUCAGAUUGCAGAAUUCAUUUGCUACUUAGGCUCACAUAUCUUUGAGGCGUAAUCUGAAAUGUGUCUUUUGAGGUCAUCCAUACUGUAUGUCUGCUUCAGGGAUGUACACAUUCUCAGGAGCACAGUUAGGGACUCUGGGCGCACUGAUAAGACACUGACACUGGAAACAGGCUGUGAAACUUGGAUAUAAAGGGAGGGCCCCUUAUCUUUUCCAGCUCUCUUUCAAAACAGAAACACCAUACCACACUUGCCACACUUUUCACUCUAAGUAUUAAAGCUGCUGGGGAGAGUUAUUUCUCUGAUAAAGCAUGUCCUCUGAUGAACCAUAUCACAUUAGGGCUGCAACUAAUGAAUAUUUUCAUUGUGGCUUGAUCUGAAAAAAAAAGACUUAUGAAUAUCAAAAUAAUUUCAGAUUAUUUUUAUGUUGGUUGACUUAUCGUUGCAGCUCUUAUGCACAUUUAAUUCCCAUUUAAAAGUGAACAGAAACGGCUAUGACAGCUGUCCGAAUGUGUCAAAUUGUUACUAGUAUGAAUCGUGUCAAAGGCUGAGACCUGAGAAUCUCAGAAGAAGUGCUUUAGAUAUUUGACUUUUUCAUUCUGUAUUUGUUGCAUUCAAGUUUUUGUUUUUUAAUGUUAAAAUUGUGUGUUAGACUCAACGCAUGAUAUUGGUUGUGUUUUUAAAAAAAAACUUUUAGUUGUCAAAACUCUUUUAUUGCACUUCUCUUCUGUUUGUUAUGAAUUAAGAAUUCAGUUGAUAAAAAAAGAAUAUUCUUGGCAGCAAUAAUAAACUGGAUUCAAGCAAUGAGGCACCUGAAGCCUUGAAAGUACUGUACAUACUAUAGGACUGUAAAGAGCAUUUAUAAUCACUUCAUUAACUAGAGAUGUUGAUUUUGGAGGCAAAGCAGAGAACACACAGCAUACAGCAGCUGUCUGCAAAAUAAGCAAAUAGUGCAGAGUAAGUCACAGACAAAAACCAUUCACGAUAUUUGCACAUGCACGUUUCAUACUCUAAACAAACUUUAGUCCAGAAUUUCAUUGCCUGACUGUCAGUGUUUUCAACAUUACAUUUCACAAACCAACACUUACUUUGCCUACUCAGCUCAAACGGCAAAUUUAGAAUAAUCAGAUAAUU